AUGGCUGCGCGGCACCGCUACCCCGUCGCGCGGCACCUCGCGUGCUUCGCGUCGUUCGCGUCGCCCACCCCCUCGCUCGCCCCGCUCGUCGUCCCCGCCAAUCCCGCCGCGCCCACCGCCGACGACCCCUUCCCGUGCGGCGUGGACGCGUCGUCUCCUGUCGCAUCCCCCGGCUCGAAGUGGUCUCUUCACGAGGAUGUGCAUAGCGAGGACGGCAGCGCGGAUGUGGAGAACGCGGGGAGCCGCGCAGCGCGGGGAGGAGAGGGCGCGCGCAUGUGCGAGGAGUACGUGGCGGCGUGCGCCGCAGUCAUGCGCCACCGCCACGCCCACGACCACCAUGCGCCCUCCGCCUCCACCAUCCCCUCCGCCUCCGCCGUGUCCUCUGUCUCUUCCGCGUCCUCCGCCCCGCCUGUCUCGCCUGCCUCUCCCGCGCAGCCAUGGAUCGAGCUGGCUGCUGAUACCAGCAGUGACGUCAGCGCGGAGAUAUGCAGCGGCAUGAGCGCCGCCAACGGGCGCACCAUUCUGAGCCGAGUGAGCGUGGCGGCUCAUCCCGGGCAGCUGCUCGCGCUGGCCGGGCCCUCGGGCAGCGGAAAAACGUCUCUGCUGGACGCCAUUGGCUGCCGCAUCGACCCGGGCAGCCUGUCGGGCUCGAUUCUGGUGAACGGCCGCCCCAUGCCGCCCAGCUUCCGCAAGCACUCCGCCUACGUGCUGCAGGUGCGUGUGGUGUGCUGCAGGUGCGUGUGGUGUGCUGCAGAUGCGUGUGGUGUGCUGCAGAUGCGUGUGGUGUGCUGCAGAUGCGUGUGGUGUGCUGCAGAUGCGUGUGGUGUGCUGCAGAUGCGUGUGGUGUGCUGCAGAUGCGUGUGGUGUGCUGCAGAUGCGUGUGGUGUGCUGCAGAUGCGUGUGGUGUGCUGCAGAUGCGUGUGGUGUGCUGCAGAUGCGUGUGGUGUGCUGCAGAUGCGUGUGGUGUGCUGCAGAUGCGUGUGGUGUGCUGCAGGUGGGAGUGGUGUGCUGCAGGUGGGAGUGGACGAUGCUCUCUUCGCGCUGCUCUCCGUGCGCGAGACGCUCGACUUUGCCGCCCGCCUGCGCCUGCCGGCCACUGUGACGCCGGUUGAAAGGGAGAGGCGCGUGCAGCAGGUGCUGCAGCAGCUGGGGCUCACCGCGUGCGCCGACACGCCCGUGGGGGACGAGCUGGUGGGUGGGGCGAGUGGGUGGGGCGAGUGGGUGGGUGGGGCGAGUGGGUGGGUGGGGCGAGUGGGUGGGUGGGGCGAGUGGCACCGGGGGGUGUCAGGGGGGGAGAGGCGGCGCACCUCCAUCGGGGUGGAGCUCAUCCACAACCCGGCCGUGCUGCUGCUCGAUGAACCCACCUCAGGUCCACUCCCUUCCGCCUUCUCUGCCCUCCUCUGCCCUCCUCUUCGUUGCUGCCUCUACUGUGUGCUUGCUGCCAGCACCACCCAUUCCGCCACCCACACCUGCUCGCUCCUUGCUCCUUCUGCUAUGUGCCUCGCCCCUAAACGCCCCUUAACGACCCCCACUGCUCCUCACCGCGCCUCACCACGCCUAACCGCACUGGCAGGGCUGGACAGCUCGUCGGCGCUCAAGGUGGUGCAGCUGCUGCACAACAUGGCGGUUCAGGUGUGCCCUGGUGCUCAGGUGUGCUUCAGGUGCUUUGUAAGGUGCUUUCCCAGGUGUUUACUCAGCCGUCCUUGUGCAUCACGGCGCUCCUCAUUGCGCCUGCACCGCCCGCCACACACUGCUGCUCACCAUCCACCAAUCCCUGCCCCCCAAACCUUCCAUUUCUCCUCCUCAACCCCCCAACCCCCCUACCACUCACAGGGCGGGCGAACAGUGGUGCUGACCAUCCACCAGCCGUCGUUCCGCAUCACAGCGCUGCUGCACCGCAUGGCUCUCCUCGUCAGCGGCCAGGUCGCCUUCCACGGCGCCACACCCGCCCUGCGCUGCCACCUCGCCGCCCUGCACCACCCCGUGCCGCCGCAUGUGAGUCUCACAGCCGUCUUGUGA